UAAUAUUUAGAAAAUAUGUCGUUUUAUUCAUAAAACAUUUAUUGAGAUAUACUUAUUUAAUUUACAUUCGUGACAAUUUAGUGCGUAAUUUAUUUACUAGACAAAAUGGGUUGCUUCUAUUCUAGAUGUCCAGUUGAUGAGGUGCAUCCCUACGACAUGACCCCUAUAAGGCACCUCCCAGUAAUUUUCGUGAACGGGGUGCCCGGAGCAGGCAACCAGACAGUCGCGCAGACCAUAUCCAACAUCACCGGGUACACGAUGAUUAGACCAGGAGAACUGGUGAGAGCUGAAGCGGAGAAGGAUACGGCCAGGGGGCGUCUGAUUGCUAAUAAGUUUCAAGCACAGGAAGAUGUACCAGAGCAAUUAACAGUAGACAUAAUCAAAGAGGCGAUGCUUCAGCAUCAGGAUGCUAAAGGCUUCAUCUUGGUGGGCUUUCCGAAGAACCAUCGCAUGUCGAACAUGUUCAACAGGCAAGUCAAGUGGCCUGAGAAGGUGGUCGCGCUGGAAGUGGACACUGAGUUAGCAGCAACGAGACUACAGAACAAACUGUCGGAGCUAGGCCGACCGGAGUCCGAGAUCAACGCUGCGCGGCAGAUCGUGCGCGAGGCGGCGCACAAAGUCAAAAGCGUUCACAAGCGGUUCCGCGGACAUGUCGUUACGUUGGACAGCAGUGGCAAUCCGAAAGCGUUAGCUACCACACUGAAAGAAAUCCUCUCAGACACCAUAGAGAAGGGCCAAACGUCUCAAGCACUAGAAAACAUGCCGAUCGCAGCAUCCGCACCUGCAGUCGUCAGAACCACUCCGGUUUCAAAUCCUGUACCCCCUUCUGAUCCACCUUCUAAUUUACCUGCGUCCACUUUACCCCCUUCUGAAUCUGUCCCCGCGUCCAUUAUACCCGUAGAUUUGCUUACACAGGAACCUUAGUGUUUUGUAAUACCUAGUUUUAAAUUUUGCUAUAAUACAUGUUACGUUUUA